UCUGGUUAAAAGCAACUUGUUGUUUGCUGUUGCCCGAAUAGUGAACUGCUAACCGUGGAUAAUGUGAGAGUGAAAAGAAAUUUAGAAGUCAAUUUGGACGACAGCCUCUUUCUCGACUUCAGUAUUCGUGUUGCAUUUCACCUAGGGACACAAAAACAUUGUGUCGUGGACGUGUACGAAGUCCUAGUGCGGACGAUUUUGUUGUGCAAUUAACACUAAUAAUAUCCCCGUUCGAAUUGCCAUAGUCUUGUGUAUACGAAAAGUGGAGUUUCUGUUUUUACAUAAUUCAGGAAUAUUGAAAGUUUUGUUAUGUGAAUCUGGGAAUCACUAUGGCCUGCCAUGUUUCGCGAAGCAGAGCGACGCAGGUCGUCCAACGUUCGUUUCAAACAACUGUUCCACGAGCUCAAACAGCAAUUCCCCACCAUACCUGACGAAGUGAUAGCCAACUGCAUACUCGAAACUGCAAGCAGCAACGCAUCCAGAGACAUCAACAUCAUAGAAGCCUUGAAAAAUCGCGUAACAUCCAGGUGUUCCUCAGAAGAGCCCAUGGGACGUCCCUCGACAGCGUCCGACGUGCCAGCAAUCAAAACGACAGAGAUAUCCGACAGAAGAGCGAGCGUACCUGAGGACUCACCCAGAAAGAAGGCGCUGGAGCAGAGGAAACAUCGGAAACAACAUAAGGCUGCUAAGGAAGACGCCCACUCUGAUGACGAUGAUCGUGAAGGUGAUAGGGAAAAAAGGAAACUCUCCAGUUUAUUGAGGAAAACGAUAAAGACUAUCAAGAGCCCAACAAGGAUAGAUUACAAGAAUUCAAGGAAACAUCACAACAAGAAACAUCACCCCAAAAGAGAUUCUGAAGGAACAUCGUCGAAAGAAACUUCACUAUCGCCAACAGACGAAGGAGAGGCAGAAUCAUUACUCACGGUGUCGGCUUUGAAACAACACUUCGAGCAAUCUAAGACCAAUGGGAUUAGGGAGAAGAAGCCCUCACCCAAACUGAACGCCAUAUCUUCCCCCCGUCAGUCGGAAAUGAACAAAAGUCUGGAGACAACUUCUGAAUUGAACCAAGACUCCCAGGUGAAACCUUCAUCGGCGUCACCACCCAAACGUCCAACUUCUUUGGCUUUGAACGUUGCUAGACCGCUCGGUAAAGGUUGGAAGAACGGGUUACAGUUGUCGGAGAAGUGUAGGAACCUACCCCAGUUGUUGAACGCGAAUCUUUUAAGUGAUAAGCCGCCGAGGUCACCAGUGUAUAAUAAAAAAACCGUUGGCGCUAAAGGGAAAAACGUUUUGCACGACCUAAAAGGCGUCAGUUCACCCGGUAGUGAUAAAGAAGAACCUUCUAGUGCGUCGAAAGAUGUUAGUGUGAACACUGGUGCUAGAAAGAAGGAAACUGUAUCAACCCCUACCCAAACGACUGAUACCUUACUUGGGGAACCUGCGGGUGGUAGUGUUAACCUCUCUUUCAACGUCAACUGUUCCCUGGACGUCAUCCAGAGUCCAGUGAAUCCUAGACGAACCUCUACUCUUCAAGUUACGCCAGAAACUCCUUGGGGCCUGAGAGAACCUACCUCGCCCCGUAGCUAUACGACUGUUAACCUUACUCUUAGAACUCCAAGCUCCACGCCCCAACCCCCGAUAGAUAUAACGUCCCAAAAUUCUAGUCUGACUUACUCCACCAGCAGCUUUGACUCUCAGAAGGGCCUGCAGAAGCGUCUGCAGAUCACCGUUGGUCCAACUGGUGGUAAUGUGAUAGCGAGCAGGGUAAGACCGGAAUCUUGUGAGUUUGAGGUUAGCCCAUCGGCCAAGUUCGACGUAGUUGCCAGGAGAUCUCCGGACAAAAUGGCGGAAAAUGAAGAACCACCCGUUGUGGUUAAACAACAAGCAAUGAUAGAUAAGCUGCGGAUACUGCUGACCAACGAAAAAACGAGGUUGAUAGUGCUAAGGCAAGAGGUAGCAGACCUCCAGAAGAGAGCCAUCCAGAGCCCUGCAGAUAUUCAGAAGUGGACACUGAUGAAACAUAGCAUCACCCACUUGAGGUAUCAGUGUCAGCAGUUGGUCCCAUACAUUAAAGAUGUGAUCGAGCCAGAAUUUUACAAUAACCUGUAUCGAGGUCAACCACUGGCAGGCAACGAUGAUUCGUUUGAACCACAGCGAAGAAAUAACCUCUUCCAGCAAGACCAAGAUGGUCCCAAGUGGAACUGCGAUGUUUGUACAUUCCUGAAUCACCCCCAACUCAAUAAGUGCGAGCAGUGCGACAUGCCUAGGUUCAUCCACGUAUCUGCAUCGCCAGGAGAUAAUAUACAUAUCCACGUUACCCCAAGAAUUUCCAGAAGAAUAGUCAGAUCCUGGCUCUAGGGAAAAAAUUCUACCCAAUAUUCUUGUUGAAAACAACAUUGGUGAUUCUUUCAGAAUACGAACUUUCGAAAUUCCAGCAAUAUUUUGGUGGUUGCAGCUUGAAUAGCUGAACAACUGGGUGAUAUGUCAUGAGCAGUAAAAUAUUGAGAUGACCCAUGAACAAAUUUGUGUUUAGUUGAUUUUUCUCUGAAUUUUCGAUAGCAUCCAAAACCAUUGCUCAAUCAUAAAUAUAUAUGCUUAUUUUUCAACAUCUUUAUAGGCAAUAGCUGAAUAUACGAUGUACAUUUUUUUAUCAAUU